AGUUCCCAGAGUGCCGCGCGGUACGGUGGCCGGCGGGCGCCCCGCCCCCGGACGGCGGAGCGCGGUUUAACCCGUGCGGCGCGGAGCCGACGGCCGGCAGCUGCCGCCAUAUUGAGCGGAGGGAGAGGCGGAGAGCGGCAGUUGCUAGAGACUGCCCACAAGCUGUAUCCUUGAAGCUGGCAGUGUGAGGGUUCUUGUCCAGUGAGAGGGUGAUUAUCGCCUGGUUGUUUGCGCUGGUUUUCGAGCCUUGAGAGCAGAGCUGGCUGGACUGCACUGAACGGUGUCUGUAUUCCCUGGGAGGUUUCAGAGAAGCGGAGAAUAUUCCCCCUUUGCCGCAGCUGUUAUGAGAGGCUGACGGUGGCUCACCUUGAUGGAGAGUAGCUCACGGAGAGGACACUGAAUCAGCCACAAGGUUUAGGUCUGGAGUCACGCCUAGACCGUACACAGGAAACAUAGCAAGGGGUUGUUUCUCUCCCGUCACGAGCCAUGUCUGGGCCGGUGCUGAGCAGAGCCAAGGUGUACGCAGAUGUUAACACGCAGAGGCCCCGCGAGUACUGGGACUAUGAAUCGCAUGUCGUGGAAUGGGGCAACCAGGAUGACUUCCAGUUAGUCCGGAAAUUAGGCCGUGGAAAGUACAGUGAAGUUUUUGAAGCCAUCAACAUCACAAACAAUGAGAAAGUCGUUGUCAAAAUACUGAAGCCAGUCAAAAAGAAGAAAAUAAAGAGGGAGAUAAAGAUUCUAGAGAAUCUCCGUGGAGGCCCCAACAUUAUAACCCUGCUGGAUAUUGUCAAGGACCCAGUGUCUCGGACCCCUGCACUGGUCUUUGAACAUGUAAACAACACAGAUUUCAAGCAACUGUACCAGACGCUCUCGGACUAUGACAUUCGAUUCUACGUGUACGAGAUUCUAAGGGCCCUGGAUUACUGUCACAGUAUGGGAGUCAUGCACAGGGACGUCAAACCUCACAACGUGAUGAUCGACCAUGAGCACAGAAAGCUACGACUGAUAGAUUGGGGCCUGGCCGAAUUUUACCACCCAGGCCAGGAGUACAACGUGCGGGUGGCAUCCAGAUACUUCAAGGGCCCGGAACUUCUGAUAGACUAUCAGAUGUAUGACUACAGCCUGGACAUGUGGAGCUUGGGCUGCAUGCUGGCCAGCAUGAUCUACCGCAAGGAGCCUUUCUUUCACGGCCACGACAACUACGAUCAGUUGGUGAGAAUAGCAAAGGUGCUGGGUACAGAAGACUUGUACGAUUACAUCGACAAAUACAACAUUGAGCUGGACCCACGUAUCAAUGAUAUUCUGGGCAGGCAUUCCCGCAAGAGGUGGGAGCGCUUCAUCCACAGUGAGAACCAGCACUUGGUCAGUUCCGAGGCCCUGGACUUCUUGGACAAGUUGCUACGCUACGAUCACCAAGUGCGUCUUACAGCGAGAGAGGCCAUGGAGCACCCCUACUUCUAUCCAGUGGUGAAAGACCAAGUGUGGACAGGCUCCACAGGGACUUUGCCCUCUAACACGACCCCCGUCAGCUCUGCCAGCCUGAUGUCAGGUAUGAUCUCGAUGCCCACCUCACAACCCUUGGGCCCUCUCGCCGGAUCGCCAGUCAUGUCUUCUCCCGUAGCCCUGGGACCCCCAGUGUCUGCGGCAGCUGGUGCACAGCCUUGACUCUUGGCUCCGCUGCACUGUCUGCAGCCCGCGUUUCCUGAAGGACCAGAGACCGAGCCCAGCUGUGUUCGAUCCUGCUCUGUGCGAAAAUCACUGACCAUCUGCAAAGACAAGAGAAACUGUUGACAAUUUAGGUUCUGUGGACUCCGAAUGGGGUUGGUUUUCGGUGUAAUUGCUGGGAAGCAGACACCUCCUGUCCUGUCGUGGCAACGAUAUUGCUGCUGUCUCUUUGUGAAGCCAGGUUUUUUCUUAGAAUACCCAGCUAUCCACAGAGAGCUAUAGAAAAAUCCCAGUGUGUUUUAUAUGUCCAUUACAGCUCGACCCUGAACUCUUAUUGCUGCUUUGGACCUGAUGCUUGAGUGAGACUGGACAGAGUUUGUGAUGUUGGCUCCGACCAUUGAGGGAUACGAGAGAUUUGUGAUAUUUAAACUCCCUUCGGUGUUGCAGGAACCCUUGCCCUCAACCACUACCACCUCUCUCCAGGCUAAAGGUACCAAUAAAAGGAAUAAUUUUUUUCUGCUAGUGUGCGUCCCCUUUCCAUUUCUGGAUUGAGAUAAGGCCAUCCAGCGCUACAUUCUUGUCCCUGUGGACCUUGCAUGGGUCACUCGGUGCUACCCAGCUGACCAACAGGAAUGGAUUAACUACGGAGGAAUUUUGUAGUCGAAACAGUUAAUGAAAUGCAGCAACUGCUGGCCGCACAAGUUGAUAGGGCGGUAAAGAAGGCGUACGGCACGCUUGCCUUUAUUAGUUGAGGCACUGAGUUCAAGAUUAUGUUGCGGCUUUAUACAACUCUGGUUAGGCCGCAUUCAAUUCUGGUCGCCCCAUUACAGGAAGGGUGUGGAGGCUUUGGAGAGGGUGCAGAAGAGGUUCACCAGGAUGCUGCCUGGAUUAGAGGGCAUGAGCCAUAAGGAGAGGUUGGACAAACUUGGGCUCUUUUCUCUGGUGCGGCGGAGGCUGAGGGGAGACCUGAUAGAAGUUUAUAAAGUUAUGAGGGGCAUAGAUUGGGUAGACAGCCAGUAUCUUUCUCCCACAGUCGAAAUGUCUUAAUACUAGAGGGCAAGCAUUUAAGGUGAGAGGAGAUAAGUUCAAAGGAAAUGUGUGGGGCAAGUCUUUUUUUACACAGAGUGGUGGGUGCCUGGAAUGCACUGCCAGGGGUGGUGGUGGAGGCAGACCGGAUAGAAGUGUUUAAGAGGCUCUUAGUUAGGCACAUGAAUGUGCAGGGAAUGGAGGGAUGUGGACCACGUGCAGGCAGAAGGGAUUCGUUUAAUUCGGCAUCAUUAGCUGAAAUAUUUUGGCACAACAUCAUGGGCCUCAGAGCCUGUUCCUGUGCUCUACUGUUCUGUGUUUAUAUAGGAGAUUUAAUAUAAGGAAGCAGUUCACAGUAAUCUGUUAGGACUUUGGAUGACUUGCUUCCACUCUGGUUCAGUGCUUUGUGAGGUGGUUGAUGUUGGAUCCAUGAUUUCUGAGGUAGCUGAUGUGUGAUCCACAGACUGUGGUAGGAGGUGCGCUUGAGGAAAUGUAACACCCUCACCAAUCGACUGCUGGGAAUCUCUGACCCAGGAACAACCAAAAUGAAAGAGCAUAAUGGAAGGCACUGAGAACCUCGCAUCUCUUCAGCAGACGUCCACAAAAGCCUAGCAGAAACAGUAGAAGGAGCGGACUACCUCCCAAGCUAGGCACACUGUCAAGAACAUCCCUGAAACAUUUCCUCUUCCUGCAUGGAAAUCCCUUGCUGUGAUAGAGCUCAGAGUAUCUGGAGUCUGAUGUUGGGCGUGAGGAGUUAGCUCAGUGUAAUUAAUGCCACAAUGCUGGGGAUAUUAGUCCGGGAGCUGGCGCUGACAUGUGGUGAGAGAUUGAAAGGUAUUUGUGCUCAGAGGUAGCUGGGUGUCAUUGUACACAAAUCAUUGAAAGUUAACUAUAAGGUGAGGUUGGACAAGCUUGUGUUGCUUUCUCUGGAGCGUCGGAGGCUGAGGGGAGACCCAGUAGAAGUAUAUAAAAUUAUGAGGGGCGUAGACUGGGUACAUAGAGUCUCUUUCCUAGGAUGGAAAUGUCAAAUACUAGAGGGGACAGCUUUAAGGUGAGAGGGGAAAAGUUUAGAGGAGGUGUGCUGAGCGGGUUUUUUACACAGAGACUGGUUGACGUCUGGAACGGGCUGCCAGGGAAGAUGGUGGACGCAGAUACAAUAGCAAUGUGUAAGAGGCAUUUAGAUAGGCCGGCAAUGGAGGGAUGUGGACCAUGCUCAGUUGAUGGGAUUAGUUUGGAUUGGCACCAUGGUUGACACAGGUGUAGAACAUCGAACGGUACAGCACAGGGACAGGCCCUUCAGCCCAUGUUGUUGUGCCGAAGGGCCUGUUCCU